AUGUGUGCUGACCAGGCCAGCAGGUACGACUUUGAAUACGAAGAUGCGGAUGAUGACGAGUCUGGCGAUAUUGGGAUCGAGAAUAAAUACUAUAAUGCGAAACAGAUCAAAGGAGACAAUCCAGAAGAAGCGAUUGAUGAAUUUCUAGGCGUCCCCGCUCUAGAGCAAGAUAAAGGCGAAUGGUAUGCUCUACUUACAUAUGUCAAAUCGGCAGUCACAAGAAAUUACUCCGAAAAAUCCAUUAAUAACAUGCUAGAUUACAUCGAAAAGGGCGCCGAAGACGAAAAAGCAUACCAUUGUAUGGAGAAGUUCUACUCCUUGACAUUAAAUUCUUUCCAGAGCACCAACAACGAGCGACUGUGGUUAAAGACGAGUAUUAAAUUAGCAAGACUAUGGCUAGAGCGAAAAGAGUAUGGGCAAUUAAGCAAGAAAGUUCGUGAACUUCACAGGGCGUGUCAACGCCCAGACGGGACGGACGAUCCCGCCAAAGGAACAUACUCCCUAGAAGUCUACGCUUUGGAGAUACAAAUGUACGCAAAUACCAGAAACAACAAGAGGUUAAAGGCGCUGUAUCAAAAAGCGUUAAAAGUCCGCUCUGCGGUACCACAUCCUAAAAUCAUGGGCAUCAUCCGCGAGUGCGGAGGGAAAAUGCACCUGAGCGAGGAGAAUUGGAAGGAAGCCCAGAGCGAUUUUUUCGAAUCUUUCCGAAACUAUGAUGAAGCCGGUUCUAUACAACGAAUUCAGGUCCUGAAAUAUCUCGUCCUCACCACCAUGUUAAUGAAAUCCAAUAUCAAUCCAUUCGACUCACAAGAAACAAAACCUUACAGAAAUGACCCCCGAAUAUCCGCCAUGACUGAUCUCGUGGAUGCCUUUCAGCGGGACGAUAUCCUCGACUAUGAAGCCAUUCUCCAGAAAAACCAAGAUCUGUUAGCCGACCCAUUUAUCGCCGAAAACAUCGACGAAGUCAGUCGAACCAUGCGCACCAAGGCCGUCAUCAAACUAAUCGCCCCCUACACCCGCUUCUCCCUCGACUUUGUUUCCAAACAACUUAACAUCUCCGUCCCUGAGGUCCAAGAAAUCCUCUCGUUCCUCAUCCUGGACGGCAAAUUGCAAGACGCAAAAAUAGACCAAGUAACUGGUACUGUGACUAUUGAACAGCACCACGACUCUGAAAGGAUAGCUGCGCUUGAAACGUGGGCCAGUGAAUUGAACAAAAUGUGGGAAAUGAUAUCAAUCCAAGGCGAUGGGUUUAGGGCUGACGAUGGCGCACGCAUGAUGAGCUCCAUGAUGGAACUAGGCGGCUUCGGAAUCGGUCCUGGCGGUCCAGGUUUUGGGUCGUUACGGGGCUUUGGGGGUGGACCGCAUCAUGGUCGAUUGAGGCACGCAGGUAUGAAAGGAAAAGCGGGAGGGAGAGGAAACCGGUGA